AGUCAGGCUCGGCCCGAAUAGGAACAACAUCGCCCAGUAGGCCCACUAUCCGACCCAGCACCCACCAUUGCUGUCAGCUUUUCGCCUUUUGCAAUCAGGAAAAACCUCGGAGUGCAAAAGGAUGCUGGACUCAACCAAAACAACGACGUCGCUUAAGAACUUCUUCGUCUCACAGCCGCUACUGAGAAAUAAGCAACCAUAAUUUUCAUUUAUCGAAGCUCGAUUCGAGCUUGGAUUCAAUCUACUCCCAGUUUAAAUCCUACAAAACCCUAAAAAUCGAAGUAAGAAAAAAAGGAGAAGAAAAUGCCUCAGGUGAAGAUAAUCGCGAAGAAUUUCAUGGACAUGGUGGCUUCAUUGCCUGCCAUUAAGCUCGACAUGCUUUAUCGUAAUCAAUUCAUUUGCGAAGCCAUUCUCAGGUCGAUGCCGCCUCUUGCAAAGAAAUAUGUGUUACAGAUGUUGUACAUUGAUGUUCCGGUGACAGCCAAGUCGUUGGAGGAGUGGGUGCUUGCCGAUGGAUCCUCUAAGCACAAAGUUGCCAUCGAUCGGUUGAUUCAGUUAAGAAUAUUAGAAGUAAUCGAUAGGAAGAAGGAAACCAUUUACAAGUUAAAUCCCACAUUUCAGACUAACCUCCGGAAACAUUUGAUAUAUGGAGGGAUUUUGCCAAGAGAACCAAUGCCUUCAAAUGUUACUGUGAGACUCCCUACCUCAGAGGAACUUGAUGCCUAUGCACAUGAACAAUGGGAGUGUUUCUUGCUGCAACUUAUAAGUUCAGGACAAGCUGAAAAACCAACAAAUUUCAGCUCUUCCAUGAUGAGAAUUUUUCAGCGUGGUCUUUUGUGUCAGAGGGAGAAAGAAGCUCCAAGAUUAACUGAGAGUGGUUUCCAGUUUUUGCUGAUGGAUACAAAUGCUCAGCUUUGGUAUAUUAUCAGAGAAUAUAUCUCCAAUUCAGAGGAGCAAGGUGUAGACCAAGCAGAUUUAAUUGCAUUUUUGCUAGAACUUAGUUUUCAUACCACUGGUGAGGCAUAUAAUAUGAAUACACUGACAGAUGACCAGAGAGCUAUGAUCAAGGACCUUUCAGACUUGGGAUUGGUCAAACUUCAGCAGGGCAGGAAAGAUAGUUGGUUUAUACCUACUAAAUUGGCCACCAAUCUUUCAGUGAGCUUAACAGAUUCAUCAUCAAGGAAACAGGGAUUUGUUGUUGUGGAAACAAACUUUAGGAUGUACGCAUACUCGUCAUCUAAGUUACACUGUGAAAUUUUACGUCUAUUUUCAAGGGUAGAGUAUCAACUUCCAAACCUCAUAGUUGGUGCAAUAACGAAAGAGAGCCUGUAUAAUGCUUUUGAAAAUGGCAUUGCAGCUGAGCAGAUAAUUACAUUCCUUCAGCAGAAUGCACAUCCUCGAGUUGCUGAGAAAUUACCAUCUGUACCUGAAAAUGUCACCGACCAGAUAAGAUUGUGGGAAACUGAUUUGAAUAGAGUUGAGAUGACUCCUGCGCAUUUUUAUGAUGACUUUCCUUCAAGGGACGUCUUUGAGGCUGCUUCUGACUUUGCUCGCGUGCAUUGCGGUUUACUAUGGGAGGAUGCUAAGAAAAUGCGAAUGGUUGUCAAGGCAGAGGUUCAUAUGCUUAUGCGAGAGCAGCUUCGUGGUCAAAACAAGUAGAUUGUAUGUAUGUCAUCCAAUCUGCAGGAACUGCACACCGAACGAAAUUGUUCAAAGUUUUGCUAGGCGAAAGGCUGGUAGCUAUCUUCACUUAGCAGGGUGGUCGUAGUUCAUCUGAAUCUGGCUUAACAUGAGUAAAUUAGGAGAAAUACAACUCUCUCUUCACUGAAAUCAAAUGUUGACAGAGCACCCUGUACGUAUAUGCGGUGGAGAUUUAGCCAAAAUCACCUGUCAAUAGUUAACUGUGUUAUAUAUCCAAAUCAUUAUAGUAAAACACAAUAAUCAAAGAAAUGUUUAUUUUAAUUCAACAUCGAUUUUUAUUUUA